AUGAGACGAGAAAGCCCACUGGCUGCCUUUGCGUAUCUUGUUCCGGAAGAAUCAUACCCACCUACCUGUGAGGAAGACUGCAGGAGGCAGUGGGCGUGGCUGCGGGCGCUGCGGAUCCUCGGGGCGUGGGCCCCGCCCCCGGCCGCGGCGCGCGUGCGCGGGGAUAAAAGCGAGGACCCGUCGGCGCGUGGUCAGGGCCUGGGCGGGGGCGGUGCGGCAAGUGGCUGCAUGGCGCAGGGCGGAGUGCGGCGGACAGCGGCCCUGGGCCUGGCGCUGCGGCUGCUGCUCGGCUUCGGGCUGGGCCUGGAGGCCGCCCCGACCCCGGUCCCGAUCCAGUUCUUGGCCCAGGCCCCAGGCUCGUGCCCGCCCACCAGCUUCCAGUGCCGCACCAGUGGCUUCUGCGUGCCCCUCACUCUGCGCUGCGACAGGGACAAGGACUGCCCCGACGGCAGCGAUGAGGAGGAGUGCAGAAUCAAGCCUUGUGCCCAGGACGGAGAGUGCCAGCCACCCACUGGCAGCCCCUGCACUUGUGACAACGUCGAUGACUGCCCAGAUGGCAUCGUGGAGAAUGUUCACAACUGCAGUUCCCAGCCCUGCCCGGCGGGGGAGCUCCGCUGCCCGCUAGGCGGUGCCUGCAUCCCACGCACCUGGCUCUGCGAUGGCCAUCCUGACUGUCCCGCCUCCAGUGACGAGCUUGGCUGUGGAACUGAGACCCUCCAGCAAGGGACUGCCACGUCCACGGGGACCCCUGUGACCCCGCACAGUGUCCCCUCUCUCAGGAAUGCUACAACGAGCCCCGUUGGGGACCAGGAUUCCGUUCAGUCUGGAAACCGGAGGGCUUAUGGGGUUAUCGCGGCUGCGGUGGUGCUCAGUGCCAGUGUGGCUGCCAUCUCCCUGUUCGUGCUGUUCCGGCUCUCUGCUCUGGGGUGCCUGCGCCCGCUGGGGCUGCUUAUGGUCGUGAAGGAGUCCCUGCUGCUGUCCGACAGGAGGACCUCGCUGCUCUGAGGACGAGCUCUUGCCACCACAGCUGGUCCCUGAGCAGGGGCAGCUAUGAGGACAUGUACCCCUGCAGCUGCUGGCAUACCAGCCCUCAGACGUGGGUCCUUCUGGCCGGGCAGCACCCGGACCUGAGCUCCUGAGCUGGCCCUGGAGAGGUGGGGGUGCCGGGACCCUCCCCCUGGAUUCAGGGAGCCUGGGUGGGGAGUAUGUCACAUCUGGAACUGAGGGGCUGACCCAGGGUGCUCCCAGGGGCGGCCCCACACAUAGACACUCCUGCUGCCCCCAUCUGAAGGUGCUGAUUAAAGUCACUUCACAUCGUC